UUUUAUGGAUUGGUGGCAAACAGUGAAAAUUAAAUUUAAGCAAAAAAUUCAAAUUUAAUGAAGUUUAUUGAAUUUUAGUUGAAAUUAAAAUUGUGAAUAGAAAAAAAGAAGAAGAAAAAAAUCUGGUGCAAUGAAUGCAAUUAAGAAAAGAUUGCAAACGCUAAAAAUUGAAAAAGAUCUUGCUUUAGAAAGAGCUGAUGCUUGCGAUCAGCAAUCUAAAGAAGCCAAUAGACGAGAAGAAAAAUUAUUGGACGAAGUGUGUGCAUUGGCGAAAAAAUUAUCACAAAUGCAACAGGAUUUAAAAAUCAAUAAAUCACAAUUGAUUCAAUCAAAUUUGAAUUUAGAGAGGAAGGAGAGAGCUUUUAUGAUGGCACAAUCUGAAUUGGCAAUGCUUAAUAGAAAAAUGCAACAAUGUAUGGGGAAUCUAGAAAAGUCUGAGGAACGUCGAUUGGCUGCUCAAACAAAACUUGCGCAAGCUUUAGAAACUGCCGAAGACGCCAAAAGAAUUUGUAAAGUUUUGGAAACAAGAAGCAAACAGGACGAGGAAAGAAUGGAUUAUUUAACGGCACAAUUGAAGGAUGCGAGAAUAAUUGCUGAAGAUGCUGACACUAAAUCUGAUGAAAUUUCACGAAAAUUAACAUUUGUUGAGGACGAAUUGGAAAUCGCUGAAGAUCGAGUAAAAUCUAGUGAAGCAAAAAUUGCUGAACGUGAAGACGAACUUUUCAUCGUGGGUAAUAUUCUCAAAUCUCUGGAAGUAUCCGAAGAGAAGGCGAAUCAAAGGAUCGAAGAAUUUAAAGAUCAGUUGGACAAUCUUACGGCAAAAUUAAAUGAAGCAGAGAAACGUGCUAUUUUUGCUGAGAAAUCGAUGAAACUUUAUUUGAAAGAAUUGGACAGUCGAGAAGAUCGACUUCGUAGGGAAAAAGAGAAAUUCAAAUAUAUGUGUGACGAUUUGGAUUCAACUUUCGCCGAUUUAACCGGAUAUUAAUAAAAAUAUUGUCUUACAGAAAAGAAACGAAAAAAAAAAUCAAAUAAAAAAAAUUAUUAAACAAAA